CAGUUAUUCAUCGCAUCCAUUUUUGUUCGCUUAGUUACUUUUAAAUUAUUUUCGCGAUCGAAAUAAAGUUCACAAUUGUUUGUCUUCUCAACACAAAUAUUUUACAAUAUAUUAUUAUGUUAAUCGGCUCCCAACAAGGCAUAAGCAAAGCUACUUUUAAAAACCCUGCCAAAGGACAAACACAUACACAGACGGACACCAUAACAGAGCAUCGUAUUUUUCUGUGGAGUGUUUUGCAUGAAUUUGGCUGGCAUUUUUGUCUCGUAUGAAAAUAUCUGCAACUGGAUGGACCACAUUUAAUUAACUUCUCUUGAUCUCGCCAAAUGCAAAAAUGUACAAAUUUAGCAAAUUAAUCUAAGAAACGAGCCAUAACAACAACCAUUAAUAAAUGUAAGCGAAACGCUUCAAGCAAAACGAAUAAGCGCAUAACAUAUGUAAAUAACAUAAACACAUAUAUAUGCAUGUGUAUGUGUAGCGAACAACGCUCAGGAAACGCUGCAAGCAUUGCGAAUAAGCGCUUUACAUAUGUAAAUAACAUAAUCAGUAAACUGUAAGGAGAACAUAUGUAAAUAUAACAUAUGUAAAUGCACUGUACAAUUGAUGUAAACCAGCCUGUAAUGGAUCCAACUAAUUUUGCCUAUGAACAUUAUGGUAUAUUAGUUCAAAACGAUGACGAUGAUAUUUCAAAGGCCGAUGAACUAAACACAUUAAAUGUACAGCAUUUAAAUGAUGCACUCAUUUGUAGCAGUCAAAGAAAGCAAAACGAAUCCUCGAAAAGAACCGAAGAAGACGACGAAGAUUUGGUCAACUGCAUGCAACAGUUGCAACAACAACAGCAACAACAAAAGGUGGAAAUUAAAGACGUUGAUAUAAUGGAUCGAAAGAGUGGCAAAUGUCGACGCUGGGAACAGAAACUCGUUCAAAUCAAGACAAUGGAGGGGGAAUUUAGUGUCACAAUGUGGGCAUCUGGGACAUCAGAUGAUGAAUAUUCUGGUUCCGAGCAAAAUGCUGAUGAAAUUGAUUAUUUAAAUGCUGCCGCAGAACAAACAGAUAUACGAAAAACAGAGACAGUAUUAAAUCAACAGCAACAGCAGCAACAAUUGCUAUUCCAGCAGGAGCAAUUUCUUCAAUUACAACCCCAUUUGGUACUGCCUUUAACUGGCACAACUCUAGCAACAGCAACAACAACAUCAGCAACAGAUAAAUGCAAUAAUCGACAGCAACAAUCGAAGCGAAAUUCAACAACACCUUCGUCAACGUUUGCUGUAAUUUCGUCGCAGGAUUGUCAACUAAUUAGCAGUGAUUCCAGCGGAAUUCUUCCAAUCGGAAAUCAAUCCAUAUUAAGCAACGAUAAUGAUUGUGAUCUGAUCAAUCAGCAUAAUGAGACGACUAAUUCUGGAACAACACUCUCAAACUAUAGCAUAGUGCGUUCAGCUACAGACUCGGCUGAAAAUGGAGCUGCUGCUGUUGCUGCUGGGGAUGUCUCAGAUUUCUCUCAGUACAGCAAUGAUAAGAAGAUCGCCUGUCCGCACAAGGGUUGUCACAAAUACUUUCGGGAUUCGUCCGCAAUGCGCAAACAUUUGCAUACACACGGGCCGCGGGUGCACGUUUGUGCCGAAUGUGGCAAGGCAUUUGUGGAGAGCUCCAAGUUGAAGAGGCAUCAACUGGUUCACACGGGCGAAAAACCAUUUCAGUGUACCUUCGAAGGCUGCGGCAAACGCUUCUCUCUUGACUUUAACUUAAGAACACAUGUCAGAAUCCACACGGGAGAUCGUCCUUUUGUUUGUCCUUUCGAUGCCUGCAAUAAGAAAUUUGCACAGUCCACUAACUUAAAAUCACACAUUUUAACCCAUGCCAAGGCCAAGCGAAAUACGGGCACUCCGCGCCAUAAUAAUUGUCUCAACAACUCAGAGCCUCUGAGUCCCGGCGAUAGUUCUAGAAAUUUAAUUAAAGUCGAAUUGCGUGAUACAAAUAAUACUACCACGAUUUCAGAUAAUACCCAUGCCGCCGCCUCGUUUGUAAUGUAUGCCGAUUAACAUCCUUAUUCAUUAGGAGUACUACAUUUAAGUAUAAUAUUAUUAAUAAUUAUAAUAGGUACAUAGUGUUUGUAUAUAUUAAGGUAAACUAUCUGUGUAGGUUAGUUAAGACACGUUUAUUUUCUCAAAAGAUGAUUACUAUUAAAUAGAAUACAAAUUUAUAUAAA